UAGAGACACAGGCACAAGGAGAGACAGAGAGAGAUAGAGACACACCCAGAAACACAGGGAGAGGCAGAUGAGGAGAGAGAGAGACAGAGAGUAAAGAUAUAAAAGAGCUCCACAAGAGUCGGGAGCAGACAUCUCUGCCUGGGAUCUGUAAAGACAGCUGGAGUAGCUCACUCAGAGAGUUCUGAGGGAAGGAAAGUUACUCUUUCAAAAAAGAAUCGAACCGAAGUGGAAAGCCGGCGACCAAUGGCAGGAGCAGGUUACUUUGCCUGGAUUUGUAUCUUUCUGCCUACGUUCACCGGAGUGUCAGCGAACCAACCGUCCAGUCCCACAGGUCCUCAAACUGAAAAGGACUACAGCAAGGUCCAGACAAAGUUUUCCCUUCGAACUGCCUUGGAUCCAGAGGAGGAUUCCUGCUACUUGAUCCCUGGCCAGCUGGAAACCAUCAGACAGUGCAAUUUCAACCAAACUGCCAGGACAUUCUUGGUCAUACAUGGAUGGACGGUCACAGGAAUGUUUGAGAGUUGGAUUCCGAAGCUAGUCCUUGCCUUGUACGAGAGGGAGGCAGACUCCAAUGUUAUUGUGGUCGAUUGGUUAACCCGAGCUCACCAACACUACCCAGUUGCCGCUGACAACACGAAACUGGUUGGCCAUGAUAUAGCCCACUUUGUUGAGUGGUUGGAGGAGGAGCUGAACUUUCCCUCUGAAGAAGUCCAUAUGUUGGGGUACAGUCUCGGGGCGCAUGUGGCCGGAUAUGCAGGGAGUUACGUGCCCUACAGAGUGGGGCGAAUAACAGGUUUGGACCCAGCAGGGCCGGAAUUUGAAGGGGCUGAGGCACAUCGUCGUCUGUCUCCAGAUGAUGCUGUCUUUGUGGAUGCUCUUCACACUUUCACCCGGGGAUCCCUGGGCCGGAGCAUUGGGAUCCAGCAGCCUGUGGGCCAUGUGGAUAUCUAUCCGAAUGGAGGCAGCUUCCAGCCGGGAUGCAGCUUGGGAAGAGUGUUGGGAAACAUGAGAUCACAAGGAGUGUAUGCUGUGGCUGAUGCCAUUAAAUGCCAGCAUGAGCGUGCCAUCCACCUGUUUAUCGACUCGCUCCUCAAUGAGAACUCGCCAAGCAUGGCCUAUCGCUGCUCCAACCAGGAGACCUUCGAGAAGGGAGUGUGCCUGAGUUGCAGGAAGAACCGCUGCAACAAGGUGGGCUAUGAUGUUCGGAGAAUCCGCACAAAAAGGAGCGGCCGCAUGUACCUGAAGACCGGGGCAGACAUGCCCUUCCGAGUUUAUCACUACCAAUUAAAGAUGCAUUUCUUCAGAGACAUCAAACAAACCGAGACAUCUGCAAAUUUCCUCGUUUCACUAGUUGGAACUUUGAAUGAAUCGAAAGGCCUCCCUAUUCGAGUGAUUGUGUUCUGUGCAGAAAACUCUGCAUCUGUGAAGAUUCAGCCAGCAGAGGAGGUAACUCUUGUCAAGUGUCACAGUUGAUUGACUUGCAAGAAGACCAGCUGAUGAGGUGCGGACAGAAGAAUUUCCUUCUGAUAACAUGUCAGUAUCCCGAGAACAUCAUCCUCUCGACACACACAUCGCAGUCUCUGACCCACCUUCUUUGGUUGUUGGAAUUCUGAAGAAAUCAGAUGGGUGAUUGGCUUAAAAAGGCUCAAGACAAACUGCUCAUGAGAGAACCAAAAAGAAACUCUUUGUUCUGAUAACAAAAAGACUAUUUUCAACAGAAUUUUUCAUACAUUGUGUGCUUUAUUAUCUGUUAUGCAUAUAACUUCCAUUUGACACAUUGUUACAGUCUGACUGUUAUAGGAGUGACAGAACAUCGUCCCAUUACUGUAAGACUGAACUACAAUCUUUUACUGCAGCAUGAACAACUGGAUACAGUCUCACUGCAGUGUGAGUGAUGCAGUACAGUCUUGUUAUGGUGUGAGUAAGUUAGUAUAAGAUAAAUGCUACAGUCUCACUGGAGCUUGAGUGACAUGGUACAGUCUUACUGCGGCAUGAGUGAUCUGGUACAGUCUCAUUACAGCCUGAGUGUAGUGUCAGUCGAUCAGAAAUGGUGUCUAAUGAAUUACUCAUUCUCCGCAGUAUUUAUUAAAUGUAUAUAUAAGAAUAUAUAAAUCCACUUUGUACAUAUGAUA